CUAAUCCUGCGGUUUCUGCAAUUGUUAAAGUUAUCAUAUCAGUAUGCUAUGUUUUCCCUGGCGAACCCCGACUAAAGCAACCCAAAUUCAUACCCCUUUUGACUUGAGGUUGUGCCGUUGUCUGAAUAUUUGUGGGUUUUCCGUAGCGGUGAAGAAAGGUCUUGGCUUUCUGCGAAUUAGAUAGGUUAGCUUGCCCCCAUGGCGACUGAAGAAGCUCCUCAAGAUCAGAGGAAACGUGCGCUGGAGGAGGCGCUGGAACGGCGGUUCGCGGUGGCGAGAGCCGAGGCUACGCAGCAGCAGGAGAGGAGGAGUAAUAACCGCAAGUUUGAUAGGGGAAGUGGAAGGGAAGGUGAUGGUGGGCCUGGCAUUACUAGUACAGUGUCGUCCUCCAUUGCUUCACAGAAUAAAGAUGCCGAGGCUACUGAUCCAACGUACUCACUACUAUCUCAUACCAUGCACGAGAAUCUGUUAGUGCGGAAUUUGGAGAUUUCUAGCAGAAGAGGAACUGGAGUUGACAAGGUAUUGCACGAACUUCUCCAGAAGGGUGAUUCAGCUCAGAAAUACAUGCAGGGUUCUAGAACUAUGAGACUGGAUGAUGUGAUUCUUCUUGAUAAUUAUGUACCAAAACGUAGCACUCUAGCUGGUGCUCGCCUCAGGGCUUUGCGGAGCCACUCAAAACGGUCUAAAACUCACAUGUCUACGAAGCAGCAUAAGAAAUGUGGAUCGUUUGAUUUGCCUCAAAAUCUCAAAUUUGACUUCUUUAAGCCGAUGCAUGAAAUGUGGAAAGGCUACGUAGCGGAACUUUUGAAAAUCAGUGGGAAUCAGCUGGCUCAGUGCCUCCUCAGUGCGGAUUUACAUGGGGCUAUUAUUCGAGUUGCUGAGUGUAAGGUGACUUCACUUUCUGGUGCAAGUGGUAUUAUGAUACGUGAAACUGCAGAAACAUUUGGAUUAAUCACGAAAGAUGAUAGAUUUCGGUUUGUGCCCAAGAGAGGUUCUGUUUUUCUGUUCCAAGUUGAUUGCUGGAAGAUUACGUUAUGUGGAGACAAACUUCUUGCAAGAGAUUAGGGUUGGCACCACGAUAAUGUUCGUUUCUCGAAAAACAGUGUAAUUUUGCUACUUUGAUACUGUGUCAACCAUUUUUUAUGUACACCAUCUUCAGUGUAUGGGGCUUUUUGACUUCAA